CAGCGUUAAGCGCAUGGUGUAGGAGACGAAAUUCCCACAGAACCCCAGGGCCACGAUGGAAUGCCGAUAGCCCAGGCGAAAGGCUUUCCGCUUCAAUAUCAUUCAUCGAUUUUUGCUUAAUCUCUGCUGAUACUUUUGCUAAUUUAUUCGCGAGAAUUGAGAACUAGGCUAGCGAUCUGACGUGGUCCCGUCAACAGCACCGCUAUGUUCCGUUACGGCUCAUAGCAACUUACAGUGUACAUGUAUCGCUUCGUGCUGCUUACUUUUGAGUCAUUUCACGAUUUCAGUGUAACCAUUUUCAACAUAUUGUUACCGUUCAAUUUUUGCCUCCUAAAUUUCGAAGCGCUGGUGCUGUGAGCAAAAAUGAAGGACGAGGAAGAUGAGGACCUGCCGUCUCCACCUACGAUUUUCAUCCACCGCAGUGACACCUAUUUCGGGAAAAUUCUCGCGCAACAUUUGGGCACCACCGUUCCUGGUCCCACCGAAGAACCCGAAGACGCUGAGGACCAACCGAUAACAGUCGAUUUCCUCACAGCUUCAUCGGCGGCCACGACCUUUCCAGUCACCGCGGCCUGGCGACCUCUUACAGACCCGCAAUCGGUUGUCACUCCCCCGAACCAAACUGAGGCUCCGAUACUUCCCGCGGUGAAAUCGUUGAUUCGUUUCGAUGAUGAGCGCCAACGCAACAAACUGAUCGAGGAUGCUGAUGUAUGCAUUUUCAAUAUCUUUGAAGAUAACGCCGUCAAUCAGGUUCUACGUGACGCUAAAGAAGCCGUGUUGAUAGCUAAAGAUAUCGCAGUAAAGCAGAAGAAAAAGAAAACAUUCAUCCUUCUGUCGACUACGAUGACUUGGGCGCUGACCAAAAAACCCGGUGAUAACACUGAAAAGGACACGGAAAAGACCGAGGACGACGAAGAGGAGGAGGGUCUCACAGAAGAAACCUUCCGAAAACGCCGCACCCAUCCGGCUUACCGGUACCAUCUCGAACUGGAAAAGGACGUUUUAAAGUAUGGCAGCGAUCAUCCUGGUCAGCUGACAACGGCCGUGGUAGCGGUGGGAUUGGUUUACGGGCUGGGCGAGGACACGCUGCACUGGAUGCUGCGGGAUGCGUGGGAAGGACGCGAUGCGGUGAGGUUACCGGGAGAAGGCAAGAUUAGGACUCCCAUGAUCCACGCCCGUGAUUUGUGUCAGAUUGUACAGAGUUUCUGUGAGAAUAAACCAAGCAGGCGCUAUUUGGUGGGUGUGGAUAGUGGGAGCAUUAAAUUCCAAAAGAUUGCCGAAGCAGUUAGCGUGAAUCUGGGUUCUGGUUUCGUUGAGAACAUUAAUCCAUCUAAGCUCCUCACGCUCCGCUUAAUCGAUCAGGUGCAAUUCGACAUCCUCACCACUGACCUCCACUUCACCCCCGGGAUCGUCAAAUCCGAUAUGAAAUUUACGUGGACCGCCGAAACCGGAAUACUUGAUGCUUUGCAAAAGGUCAUCCAGGAGUAUCGUCUCGUACGGCGCUUAACGCCCAUCCGGAUUCUGGUCGCUGGUCCUCCGUUCACUGGGAAAACGCAGUUAUCGCACCGCCUGUGUGACCAUUACCAUUUGCACUAUCUCGACGUCCAUGAAGUGGUGGAAACAGCACUGACCGCGUUGCGAAAAUUCAUUGACAGCGAAACGAAGCGCCGCGCCGCAUUGACGGAAGACGAACUGGAGAAUGAACCAGAAGAGGAGUCAAGCCGGUUGGAGACGUCCCAGGAGCUUAUGAUCAAAAUCGAGGAGAGCCAGGAAAAGGAUGGGAAGAUCGGGGAAACGUUUGUGAUACGGUUUGUUAAGGAAACGCUGGCGAGUAAUCCAAGUAAAAACCAGGGUUUCGUCCUGGAUAAUUUUCCGGAUACUUUCGGCCACGCAAAAUUGCUCUUUGGAGCUGACCGAGGUGAGGACGACGAGGAAGAAGAAGCAGAAUCAAAUCACGACGAUGAAUUUGGUUCUGCACCAGUUCCAGAAUUUGUUUUUUAUUUGGAUUCGCCAGAAGAGCUAAUAAGAAAAAUGGUUAUGGAACGCCCCGAUGAGCCCGGUCCGACCGCCGCGCCCACUUCAGAAGACCGCUACCGCAGUCGCCUUAAAGAGUAUCACGAAACUCAUCCAGGCAACGAAAACGGUGUCGUCAAAUACUGCGAUGAACACUCCCAUCCCGUCCACUUCUUAGACCGUGCGCAUGUCGAUCCCGAAUUGACCUUUCAAACGGCUGUAGGGAUCGUAGGGCCGCCACACAACUAUGGACUUUCAAAAGAAGAUCGGCUGGAAGAGCUGCGAAAAGAUCAAGAAAAGGAACGGAAACGACGCGAAGAAGAGGAAAAGAUUCGAAAGAUGAAUGAAAGAGAAUUUCUUGUCAAGCGGCAAAAGAACUGCGCGGAGUGGGCAAUGAAGCUUGAGGACCACCAUCGAUUGCGCGGCCAACAAGUGCAAGAAGGUACGGCCAAUGUCCGGGAUUAUCUGCUGAAGAACGUCCUGCCGCAGUUGCAGGCAGGGUUGUUGGAGGCGGCGAGGGUGCGGCCGGAAGAUCCUGUGGACUUCCUCGGCGAAUUUCUACUGCAGUUAGCCAACCCGGAGAGGGCGCAACCACCAUUAACGACCAACCAAAAACUAGCCCGCGCUUCCCGGUUCUAGUUUGAUUUAAGCCGGCGGCUAGAGAUGGUGAUAAUUAAGGCAUUCUGUGCAUAUUAUCAUAUUAUACAUACUUACAAGAGAGCCUUGGCUUUUUACUUAUCUGUUCAUGACACAUCCGUCAUGCCGCACUUUGGAAUUUCUUUCAUGCACUUUUUGGCAAGCGCACGAGCCGAGACAAGUACCGUAUUGCUCACGAAAUUCGGCUCUAACUGGUAAGCAGUAUUAAAAAAUUUU